GCGAGAAACAAAUUCCGAAAGAUUAGAGCUCCUAAAACUAAUACUUCCUUAAUAUUAUAUUCAUUUAUAUGUCACACCUUUAUGCUAAAUAACCGGUAUAAUCUAAAUAACGACGUAUAUCAGUAUAGUAUUCUAAAGAAAACAAGUUAAUUCAUUCGUGAUAAACAGAAACGAGUUCUCGACCAAUGCUAAUUAAAAAUACAAUAUCUUUGAGAAUUCAGUAGAAAUGGAGCGACUGAGUGAACGCGAUCGUGCAAUUUUAAACGUCAUUUUUGAUCCAUUUCAAGCACAUGGAACUAUUGAUAUUUCAGAAAAUGAAAAUCUUGACACAUUAAACCAAGGUGAGGUGGAUACUUUGACAGAAGAAGUUUUGAAUAUCGUGAAAGAAGCUAUUUCGUGCGCAGAGUUAAAUAAUUUUGACAAAUCUUUUCGUUUAUUUAACGAAGCUUUGAAGAAAACACCUUCCUCUCCAGCUAUUUUAAACGAUAGAGCUCAAGCAUUUCGAUUGGCUGGUCGUGAUAAUGAAGCAUUGGAGGAUUUGCACAUGGCAGUAAAACUUAGCCAAGGAAAAGGAAAAGCAGGCAUUCAGGCGCUUUGCCAACGUGGAAUACUAUAUCGUUACAUGAACGAGGAUCAAAAAGCUAAAGUAGAUUUUACACUGGCAGCCAAAGCUGGCUCGAGCUUUGCCAAAUCACAGCUUGUUUCUUUAAAUCCUUAUGCAGCUAUGUGCAACGCUAUGUUGCAAGAAAUAACUUUGAAAUCCAUGCAUCAUUGAAAAUUAUCAUCGCCCUGAAUUCUAGUAACGUUUCAAGUUACAUUUUUAGAAAUGACGUAUAAUAUAAAAAAUUAAGAAAUAUAUACAUUCAAAUAAUAAAUUAAAUUUAAGUGAAAUCUAAAUUUUCGUUUUUGAAAAUAAUCGAUCGUAUUAUCCGAUAUAUAAUUAUUUUAUUUUUAUCCUUCAUUUGAAUAAAGAGAUUCGCAAAUCAUGUAUAUACCUACCAUGAUCCAGUUAAAUAUAACCACGUUUUUUAAUAAUAAUAAUAAUAAUAAUAAUAAUAAUAAUAAUAAUAAUAAUUUUCAUUGUAUGAAAUCUUCAAUGAAAAUAUAAAUUUAAUCGUAUUAAACAUGCAUUAUACGCACCUUUAAAAAUUCAAUGUCAGUCCUACUAGAAAGAAAGAGAAAGAGAGAGAGAGAGAGAGAGAGAGAGAGAGAGAGAGAGAGAGAUAGUGAAAAAGGAAGUCGCGAAUAUUUUCAACAAAUGCUUACGAAAAUAUCAGAAUCCCACGUGCAAAAAUUUCAUUCUCCCAACUAUUGUGUAUUUACGAAAUAGAAAGGUACAACAGUAAAGAAGAAAAUUUAUUGCAUUCUUUCUUUUUUUUAAUCCGAUAUUUUCAAUAAUCAAUUAAGUACUUUUUAAAAUAACGUAGUAAAAUAUUCUCAACGCAUCUUCGCUUUUUGUAACUUACAAAAAAUAGUAUUGAAAUAAAAAUUUAAAUUAUCGCGAUAAAAUAUUAUUAUUAUUAUUAUUAUAUAUCUUUUUAUAUUCCGAUAUUACAUAUUUCAUUUUAAUCAUCAACAAUAAAUUCUCUUCGUACAAAAUGCAGACAAAUUUUUUAUUAUUCGUCCAACUGCAAUAUCCUAAAUGCAUAAAAUGCAGAGUUUCUGGUACAAUUAUAUCCGUUUGAUAUAUGUUUUCUUAUAGAUAUAUAAAUAAAUAUCUAUUAAGAAAUAGAUUGUACGUCAGAAGAUAUUUUCACUAUUUUUUUUCCAUGGUACUUUGACAUUAAUACCUAUUUCCCCUUUUACCAAAUGAAUUAUAAUAAUCUGCUAAUUUUGACAAUUAUGCAGUAAAAUAAUUUAUAUAUG